AUGCAGACGCACUUCGAUGUCACACCCGAAGAGAGAGCGACUGCACUCUCUUUCUUUAAACGCCAACUUUUCCGACAGACUCAUCUGGUAACUCAAUCAGAGAUCGAUCUUACUGGACAAAUAGCCAUUGUGACUGGUUCAAACACGGGUCUGGGGUUAGAGUGUAGCCGACAGCUUCUUGAACUAGGUUUAGGCAAGCUCAUAAUUGCUGUCCGGAGCAUCACCAAAGGCGAAACAGCGCGUCAGCAGCUUUUGUCGGAGAGAUCUAUUGAGAACCAGACAAUCGAAGUCUGGGAGCUUGACCUUUCUGACUAUGACUCUAUUACUCAGUUUAUAGAACGCGCAAAAACUUUACCGCGACUGGAAAUCGUCGUCCACAGCGCUGGCAUUUCGAACAAGAUCUUCCGCUUGAACGAAAAAACCUUGUUCGAUGAGGUGAUCCAGACAAACUACCUCUCCAUGGUUCUUCUUACCGUACUGCUGCUUCCAGUAUUGCAAGAUAAGAAUUCACCCGGACAGCCUGGUCGUUUGGUUCUUGUGUCUUCUGACACGGCCGCCUGGGCAGAAUUCAAAGAAAAGAGCUCGAGACCUCUCCUCCCUGCUUUCUCCAACUCGGAGACAUUCGACGGUACCGACCGCUAA